ACGGUUCCGGGAGCGUGACAGUGAGGAACAAUUGUCUUGUUCCCGUAAUUAUGCUUUAACCUUUCGAAAUAAUUUUUUUUCCGCAUUUUUUGGGGGUCGAAAAGAUGAAAAUGAGGGAGUGGGGGUGGGGGUGCUUGUGGGUGGUGAAUCUGGGUUAAGGUCGACUGGGAACCCCCGGCCCCAGCAGAGGUCGUAAAUGUUAUUGAUGAGCACGUGUUUAUAAAAGUGAGAUAAUCAUUGUUUUGGAGGGAAAAUAGUUGGAUUUUUGGGUGCUGAUUGGAGCGGGCGAGUGGCGGAGUGGAGGGGUUUUUAGGGGUGAUUACCUGGAGGGCUGCGACUGGCGAAGGGCUGCUGCUGACCCAGAAGUAUUUAUAUCCUAGCGGGAGCCGUGAGUAAUCGAUCAGAAAGAAACCUAAAUCCAAAGUUUCCAAAAAUGGCGAAAUAUGAAAGUACCGAAUUAACCCGCGAAGAUUUCGACGCAGGUCCCUCAAGUGCCGACGAGAUCGAGCCCAACUUAUACUUAGGAAAUUUGACAGCAGCGACUGACGUCAAAUGGCUCAAAGAAACCAAAAUCACGCACAUUUUAACAGUGGAUUCCUGUCCACUCCCUAGACGAAUCCAGCUGCUUCCCGAUUUGACCGUGAAGUAUAUUCAGCUGACGGACAUGCCGCGGGAGGACUUCCUCCCCUUCUUCGAUGAUUCUUAUAAUUUCAUCGAUCAAGCCCUGACUUCGAGCGGAAAAAUCCUGGUGCAUUGCUACUUCGGGGUGUCCAGGUCUUCUACCCUGGUCAUCGUAUACAUGAUGAAGAAGUACGAGAUGACUUUUGACGCGGCCCUGGAGUUGGUCAAGUCCAAGAGACGAUUCGUAAGUCCGAACGCGGGGUUUGUGGCUCAGCUGAAGCUUUACGAGGACAUGGGGUGCACGAUAGACACUAGGAAUGUUCAGUUCAAGAUGUACAGGCUGCAGAUAGCUGCUGAUAAGGUUCGAAAAGCUAGGAUUCUCCCAUCGACAUACGUGGAUCUGAUAAAACCCGAUCCAGCCCUAGAAACCGUCCGUCCAGAGCCAACGGUAUACCGUUGCAAGAAGUGCCGGAGGAUAGUUGCAACCGCCAGCAACAUCCUCCCCCACGCACCAGGUCAAAGACACGUAUGGCGGUAUGUGAGCAGGAGAGGCGACAAGGGUAAAGUUCUCCCGGUGAAGGACUCCCGACCUGACGAGGUGUGCGACAAGAUCUACUUCAUCGAACCCAUCGCCUGGAUGCCGGACAUCCUGCACCACGUCGAGGGCAAACUGAACUGUCCCAAGUGCGAGGCUAAACUGGGGGCAUUCAGCUGGAUAUCAGGGUGCCAGUGCCCCUGCACCACCAAGAUUGCACCUGCUUUCUACCUGGUGCCCUCUAAGGUCGAAUGGAGCAAUGCUGUGCAGAAUGUUCUUGUGACUGUCUGAAGGGGGCGGGGUUGUUUACACGUGUUGAACCAAUUUUUGAAUAAAGUAUUAGGUUUAUAUCCGUGUGCCAAUGUAGGUAGCUGUUGUGGGUGGAAUGAUCUACAUUUUUUUGAAACGUAAAAUACGUCGAAGAAAUAAUAUUUCGGGGCAAAGGGUCAAAUGGGAGAGAUAGGCGGAGUCAGAAGGGUCAAAGGAGUUAAAGUUAUGGGAAGGAUCAAACAGUCGUAAGGGUUAAAUGGGAGAGGUGAGGAAAAGAUCAGAAGGAUUGAAUGAUUGUAAGGGUCAAAUGGGAAAGUUUCGCCUCAAGGGCUGUUGCCCUCCGGUAAAAGACAACUCUUCCGUAAUCGUGAGGAUCAAAAGGGAGAAUUGACCCUCAAGGGCUUUUGCUCUACCAUUUGACUCUUUUGAUAAAAUGAGAGUUGACCCUUGAGGGCCCUUACCCUCCCGUUUGACCCUCAUUAUCAAAUGAGAGAUUUGACCCUUAAGGGCCCUUGCUCUUUCAUUUCACCCUUACGAUGAAAUGGGAGAGUCAACACUUGAGAGAUCUUGAUCUUCCGUUUGACCCUUGCGAUAAAUCGAAGAGUUGAUUCUCAAGGGCUGUUGCUGUCUCCUUUGGCUCUUAAGACAAAAUACUAGGAGAGUUGACCCUCAAGGGCUGACUGCUCUCCCGUUUGGGUCUACAAAAAGUUUCCCGAAUUGCCUUCAGUUUAAAAGCAAUAAUAACUGGAUAAUGAAUGCAUUUACGAAAAAAUGUCAUAAGAGAUUUUUUGUAGAAAAUGUAAUUAGCUACAAAAAAGGUUCUUAGACAUUUUCUCCUAAAGCCAAUAGUUUUCGAAAUAAGUUCGAUUUUAUCAAACAUGAAAUUUCAUUUUUUACGUUCACCCACUUCAUCAGUGAAUCGAAAGUGAAUUAGAUUUAGAUUCUAUCGUAUUUUGUAUUUUCUUCUUUUUUAAGAUUGUUGAUCAUUCCAAGACUAUUAAGAGUAAUUUUCUUCCUCAAAAUUAUUCAGAAUGACUUUUAUUAAACUAAUAUUUGCCGCUAUUUAAACAAGAAUUUCGAUCCGAUUUUUGCUGAACCAAGACUCGAGUAAUGUUGACUAUUUCGAAUUAACGUGCCAAAUAUACUCAGAGCCCACUGGAUGUGAUUCGAGACGACAUUUUUAACACAUAAUUAAACUUGUGUCGAUGAAUUUACCCCAGUUUCAAUGACAUAUAUCUCAAUGUGAAACUCCGCUGAUGUUUACAUAACGUAUACCAAUAUGAAUUCAUUCACACGAGUUAAUUCACUUCUCCUUUUUAUUGAAUUACAAAGUUCAUAAUUUUUACGUGGGCCGCUGGCCACGAUAAUAAAAUCAA